AUGGACUUCAUACAGAAGGCGGCUCAAACGGUCCUCCCGGGCCCGGAUACAAGCAUGCUGGUGAUCACCACAGUGGUCACCACAGCCUCCCUAUACACCAUCCUAAACCGCAUCAUCUACCCCAGGCGGCCCUCCGUGCUCCAGAACCCGCUCAGCAGUCAUAUAUCCAGCCUGUCUCCCGAGGAGCAGUCACAAUUGCUCUACCCACCAGAUUACUUCCCAGGAGCGCGCGACGUGCCCACUCCUUAUGGGUCUAUUAGAUGCUAUGAGUUCGGUCCCGUCUCUGGAAGGAAGGUUCUCCUGAUCCACGGGAUUUCCACUUCGUGCAUGACCCUCACACACAUCGCCCAUGGGCUGGUCGAGCGCGGGUGCAGGGUUCUGCUGUUCGAUCUGUUUGGCCGCGGGUAUUCGGAUGGUGUAGGCGAUCUGCCCCACGAUGAGCGGUUAUACGUCAGCCAGGCCCUGUGCGUGCUUGCAUCGAGUGAGCUCGCGUGGACAGGGCAGGGCGAGAAAGAGGGUUUCCACCUCGUGGGCUAUUCCCUGGGCGGAGGCAUCGCCGCGCAUCUGGCGGCGACGUUUCCCAGCACCGUCAAGAGCCUGAUCCUCCUCGCACCGGCUGGGAUGAUCCGGGAGGAGAAUUUUGGCAUUGUUGCAAAAGUCAUCUUCAGAAGCGGGUGGGUGCCGGAGGGCAUCGUGGAGAUUAUGACAAGAUGGAGGCUGAAGAGGCCCAUCGCCGAGAGCGCGAAGAGGAAGCCAAAGGGCGGCCCGAGCGGGACAUCGACGCCGAAGUCACAUCUGCCGGGCGACCAGGCCAUCGACGCUACCGUGACGAGCGAGAUUGCUGACGCCGCCGUCUCCGAGGCCCCGGGACCGUUGCAGCGGCAGGUGCUGAAGUACGUCAACUGGCAGGUUGCGAACCACGCGGGCUUUGUCCCGGCUUUCAUGAGCACGUUGAGGUAUGCGCCGAUGAUCAAUCAGCAUGAGGCAUGGAGGAAGCUCGCGAAGAGAGAGCCCAAUACGACGUGUUUCAUUUUUGGGAUCGGCGAUGAGAUCGUCAACGACGAGGACUACCGCCAGGAUGUUCUACCGCUCGUCGGAGGCGAAGAACAUGUUUUCUGGGCUCAACCUGUACCUGGCGGUCAUGAUUUCCCUAUGGCUCAUCCUGAUCAGACCCUGGAGAGGAUUUGGAGGUUCUGGGGAUGGGAUGAGGGCGUGGCUGCGUCUUGGGUGAAGACAUGA